GUUAGUCUAAAUUCAGAAUCAUUCACUUCAGUGAGUCCAGCGUUGGUUCAGCAUCAAACUAUGACAAUGUUUUUAGCAAUGAUGAUUCUGCGUACUGCAUUGCUGAUUCAGACCCAAGAAGAUCCUCAAUCACUCUAUUUGAAAGAAGCUAAACUUGGAGAUACUGUCACUCUGGAUUGUACAGUUUUGAAAGACAAGAAUAUUAAUGAAGUGUUGAACUGGUAUAAGCAAUCUCUGGGAUUUAAUCCCCAAAUGGUAGCUAACAGAUAUUAUACAUCAACGAUUAAACCGUCCUUUACGUUGAGGGUCACAGUGGGAGAAGGAAGUAACUUCAAUUUGACAAUCACCAACGUUCAAAAAGAGGAUGAAGCAAAUUAUUUCUGUAAUCAAGGAAGUCAAUAUCAAAGCAUUUGGAUUAAUGGCGUUUUCCUGACUGUCAAAGAUCCCAAUGACCAGAGGUUUGUCUCCCAGACUGUGGUCCAACAGCCUGUGACUGCAUCAGCUCAGCUGGGAGACCCUGUGGCUCUCCAGUGCUCCAUUACCUCCCAGAGGACGGACCACAGUAACCAGUGCCAAGGGGAACCCAGUGUGUACUGGUUCAGAUCAGGACCAUCUCACCCUGCUGCCAUUUACAUGAACGGAAACAGGAGUGGUGAAUGUCAGAAUAGUUCUGGGCCUCCGUCUGCUCCACAGAGCUGUGUCUACACUCUCCCCAAGAACAAUGUAGACUCCUCUGAUGCUGGGACUUACUACUGUGCCCUGGCAGCAUGCGGGGAAGUUGUGUUUGGAAGUGGAACUAAGAUCGACAUAACAGAACCCUACAUUAAUCUGCUCACCGUGGUGCUUGGAAUACUGUUCGCUUGCUGUCUGGGUGGGAAUAUAAUCCAGUUCAUAACAAGAAAUAAAAAGCAAGUUUCUGAGCAUUGCAAAGGGAAUCCCAGUGUCUCCUACCACGUUUCACAUGCCUCAGUGAUUCAAGAACAACAGGACGGGGAAACAGAUUCCUUGAACUACGCAGCGUUGGAGUUCUCUGGCAGGAAAACCAAAGGAAGGAAGAAGAACAGUGAAAGGACUCAGGAGAGUCUGUAUUCUGCUGUGAGAGAAACCGGCCACUGAAGUCCAUCAACCAGGUCCUAAUAUAGUUUGUAUAGAAUUCCUUAAUAUUGUAAUCCGGUUCAGGUGCAGUAAAUUGCUCAAGGUUUAAAAAGUGAAAGCUUAAGAUAAGAUAAUAAGCUCAAAUAGAACUUUACAACCCUGGAAGGUGGUUCAUUUCAAACUAUUUGUUUUAAAUGUGGAUGAACCCACAUACAUUUCUAUUUCAGAGUUUGUAGAAACUUACAGGCAUUGCUGUUUACAAAUAGAGCCAAGCAGCAUUGCAUUGUGUUAAAUGUUCAGAAAAAUAACUAAAUAACUAACAAAUUUGAUCAAAUCAAAUUAUUUCGAGUAAAGGAUAACACGAUGUAAAAACUGUAAUGUAAACUGAUAUUAGUUGGAAUGGACAAAGAAAUUGUGGUAUUGAUGUUAGGAGCUCCAUGCUCUAAACAAAUCAGUUAGACGGACUGCUUGGUGGGAAAAGUACUGGGAAAAAUAAUUGCAACUACUGUUAUAAAAAUAACACUUGGAAAUGUUUAUUGUUUUACAUUUAAAGUAAAGGCUGCCACAAUUAUGUUAAGUGGUAUAGCAUGGUAUAUGCUUUGUGACUAUUAACAAUAAUUACAACGAUUUAGGAGGUAAUAAAGGCGGGAAAGUGAUUACCCCUAUUUUACCACAAGGUGUCAACUUGAUGAGCCGGUUCAAAAUAUAUCCCUUUUUGAUAACACAAUGUGGGUGUAUCCAACCAGCUGGAAGGGUUUGACUGGUGGACUGCAUCAACUGGUAGGCUGGCGUGCAUAUUCAUAUACCUUAACUGACACCACACACAAAACUAUUUUUGGCUACUGACGUGAGGUGCACAGUAUCAUUAUAGUCAAACUACAAUAAACCGGUUUUA